UCCCUGUCAGUCUAUUGCAGCAUUUGUGUGAAAUACUACUCCUACGCCACUUUCAGCUUUUGAUUCUCUUCCAUCCUUUGCCAUGACCAACACUGUGGCAGCUGCAAACGCCGAAAUAUCUCGCUACGUUGCGGCCUCUUCCAGACCCAUCUUCGAUAAACCCACAAUUGCUACUCAACCUCCUUUGGUAAUACGACCCUACCGCUUAUUCUCCCAAAGGUUUCCGCUUCUUUCUUUAUCCCUGCUAGAAAGGAAUAGCAUCUCUAGUAGCCGCUUGCGUUCCUUGCCAAACGGCUCUGAUGCGUCUGGUGGCCUAACUUAUAAGGAUGCUGGUGUCGACAUUGAUGCGGGGUCUGAGCUCGUUAGAAGAAUCGCUAAGAUGGCACCUGGUAUUGGUGGUUUUGGCGGCCUCUACCCUCUCGGCGAUUCUUUCCUUGUUGCUGGUACUGAUGGUGUGGGAACAAAGCUCAAGCUAGCAUUUGAGACUGGAAUCCACGAAACUAUUGGGAUUGAUCUUGUUGCUAUGAGUGUCAAUGACAUUGUUACUUCUGGAGCAAAGCCAUUGUUCUUCCUUGAUUAUUUUGCAACGAGUCACCUUGAUGUUGACCUUGCUGAAAAGGUUAUAAAGGGCAUCGUAGAUGGUUGUCAACAAUCUGACUGUGCCCUGUUGGGUGGAGAGACUGCAGAGAUGCCUGAUUUUUAUGCCAAGGGUGAGUACGAUCUUAGUGGCUUUGCAGUAGGCAUUGUUAAAAAGGAUUCAGUUAUUGAUGGGAAAAACAUUGUGGCUGGAGAUGUACUGAUUGGCCUACCUUCAAGUGGAGUCCAUUCAAAUGGUUUCUCUCUUGUUAGAAGGGUUUUGGCUCAUAGUGGCCUUUCUUUAAAGGAUCAACUCCCUGGUGCUGCAGUUACAUUAGGAGAAGCAUUGAUGGCGCCAACUGUUAUAUAUGUUAAGCAGGUGUUAGAUAUAAUUGGAAAGGGAGGAGUGAAGGGGAUAGCACACAUCACAGGGGGUGGUUUUACUGACAAUAUACCUCGAGUGUUUCCAGAAGGCCUUGGUGCUGUCAUCUAUAAGGAUUCUUGGAAUGUGCCGGCUGUGUUCAAAUGGAUACAGCAGGCUGGAAAAAUUGAGGAUGCUGAGAUGAGUCGGACAUUCAACAUGGGCAUUGGCAUGGUUCUCGUCGUGAGUAAGGAAGCAUCUCAAAGAAUACUUGAAGAUGCAAAUGGUGCAUACACAGCCUACCGCAUCGGUGAAGUUGUGAAUGGAGAAGGAGUGAGCUAUCACUAGCAGAAAUGUAGCUUUGACAUUUAUUCCCGUCUUUAAUUGGUAUAAGAUUUGCAUUUGUAGCUUUUCUGUUGCCCCAUACAACAACUUGGUCAAUGUUAGUCCCUAUACAUUAGUGGUAAAAUGAGAGUUUGGGUAGCCAGGAGUUUUGAACUCAUAAUAAGACUCAAUUUAGGUUUGCUCAGCAGGCUUUCCGAAAGUUCUCACAAUGUUGUAAAUGAGUGUGCAAUAGCAGGUCGGCCUUCUAAAGGUUCACCUUACUAAUUUGGCCAUUUGAUUUCAUGAUUCACUUGAAUCUUCAUCGGUUAAAUUUUCAACUAAAAAUAUAUAGUUUUAAUUGAAUACAUUAUUUUUCAUUAAA